ACGCCGGGAGCUGACGCGCGGCCGGGCCCGGUAGCGGUAGCGGGGCGAGCUCGAGUCUCCGCCGCCAUGGGGGGAGGAGACCUGAAUCUGAAGAAGAGCUGGCAUCCCCAGACUCUGCGCAAUGUGGAGAAGGUGUGGAAGGCAGAGCAGAAACAUGAAGCCGAGCGGAAGAAGAUUGAGGAGCUGCAGCGGGAGCUGCGGGAGGAGCGAGCCCGGGAGGAGAUGCAGCGCUAUGCGGAGGAUGUGGGAGCAGUCAAGAAAAAAGAAGAGAAGUUGGACUGGAUGUACCAGGGUCCCGGGGGUAUGGUGAACAGAGAAGAGUAUCUGAUGGGCCGCCCUGUGGAUAAAUAUGUCUUUGAGAAGAUGGAAGACAAAGAGGCAGGUUGUUCCACUGAAACAGGACUUCUCCCAGGCUCCAUUUUUGCCCCCACAGGUGCCAAUUCUGUCCUAGACAUGGCAAGCAAAAUCCGGGAGGAUCCACUUUUCAUGAUAAGGAAAAGAGAGGAAGAGAAAAAAAGGGAAGUUUUGAAUAAUCCUGUAAAAAUGAAGAAAAUCAAAGAACUGUUGCAAAGCAGCUUGGAAAGAAAGGAAAAAAAGAAGAAGGAGAAGAAAAAGAAGCACAAGAAACGCAGACAUCAAAGUUCUAGCAGUGAAAGCACCAGCAGUGACGACGGGCAAAGCAGAGCGAGAUCCAAGAAGAUGGAUAGUUCUUGGGAACCUGUUCAUCCCAAAGUCCCAGGGUACGGCUUACAGAGUAGAGACCCUGACCACAGUCACCGGCCUCGGCGCUCUCCAGCUGCUGGCCAGGAAAGAGCCACCCACAAACACCGAGACCGCGCUAGGUCAAGGAGCCGGUCCGGAUCUCCUAAGAGAGACACUGGCAAGAAGAGUACAGAGGAGGAAGAGUCUGAGCACAGGAGGUCAAGAUCUCCUCCUAGACAUGGUGAACAGUACAGCACCAAGGUGGACAGGAAAGAAAAGGAAAGAGCUAGGAGCCCUUCCCCUAAAAAAGGAUACCGACGACAGCAUGCUUCAGGGUAUACUAGAAAGCUCUCCGCAGAGGAGCUAGAGCGUAAGCGUCAGGAAAUGUUGGAAAACGCCAAGUGGCGGGAAGAGGAGAGAGCAAACAAUGUCAGGAGACACCGAAAGGAGGAGGAGCGGGAACGAGAACUGGAGAAACUCAGCUCCCGAGAUGGGAAAUUCCUACACCACAUAAAACUGGAGAGUGCGUCCACUUCCUCUGUAGAGGAUCGGGUCAAACGCAACAUCCAUUCCAUCCAGAGAACACCAGCUGCCCUGGAAAAAAACUUUAUGCAGAGAUGAAACUUGCUCUCCUCCUGCUGAUGUGCUGGCUCACGAGGGCUCUUUCAGAACAGUUCACAGGACACUUCUUCUCAGAGGGCAGCUGCCCCAUGCACAGAGGGAUCCUCCAACAACCUACACAGAUUCCUGCAAUGAUACUUACUCUGUGA